AUGCCGCCACCAUCAAGCCAAAGAGCUCAGGUUGAGCCGCCUGAGCAGGUCACGACAGAGGCGGUCAAGGGAUUUGCUGUUGGUGCACUACGGUUUGGCUCCGUAUCCAUUCUCGCACACAUGAUACUGAUCAUGCCUCAUCCGUUUAAAUUCGAUAAUGCAGCGGCUCCUGCGGCGCCUACUACGGCCGGAGCAUCGCCGUCAUCAUCGUCACGGUUCUCGCCUUCAGGCAUCCGGAAUACAUUAUUCUACAAACCGCUCUCGUCCUUGUCGGAAAGUAUCGGACCACUAUCUCGUAUCUACCGCGGCCUGACGCCGCAGUUCAAAAUCUUCCUUCAGAUUGCAGUUAUGACGCUAGGUGGCACGAUUUGGGCUGAGAGGCGGGUGAAUGAGUAUCUGCAAGCGCUGCGAAGACUUCGACGAGCAGAACGGAAAGCCGCCGUUGAACAGUAG